GUGCCAACGACGUUAGUUUCGAAUAAUAUUUGCGUCAAAAUGGCGUCAAAUUUUAGACAACAACUUUCUCAGUUAGCCACAUUAUCGCACGGUGGAGGUUCCCAUAAAGAUGUCACAGAAAAGUAUAAAGGAUUUUUGGAAGAAAUUUUGAAGUCUGAAGGCAGUAAUCUUGUUCAGGGCUUGCAGGCAUUUGUAGAGGCAUUGGUAAAUGAAAAUGUUAGUCUAGUCAUUUCAAGACAGUUAUUGUCAGAUUUCUGUUCCCACCUUACAAAGCUACCAGAUGCAUUAGCAAAAGAAGUGGCUCAUUUCACACUGGAGAAAGUUCACACUCGUGUGAUCUCAUUCGAAGAACAGGUUGGUGCAAUAAGACAACAUUUAGCAAAUAUAUAUGAAAGAGAACAGUCUUGGAGAGAAGCUGCAAAUGUAUUGGUAGGGAUACCACUUGAAACAGGACAAAGACAGUAUCCAGCUGACUACAAACUGAAGACAUACUUAAAGAUUGCCAGGUUAUAUCUGGAAGAUGAAGAUCCUGUACAAGCAGAAGCUUAUAUCAAUAGGGCAUCUCUUCUUCAAGCUGAUUCCAAAAAUGAAGAAUUACAGAUACGUUAUAAGGCUUGCUAUGCUAGAGUAUUAGACUACAGGAGGAAGUUCAUAGAAGCAGCUGCAAGAUAUAAUGAAUUAUCAUAUAAAACAAUGAUAGCUGAAGAGGAGAGAAUGACAGCAUUGAAAAACGCUUUAAUAUGUACUAUAUUAGCAUCUGCAGGACAGCAGAGAUCUAGAAUGUUAGCAACACUGUUCAAAGAUGAAAGAUGCCAACAGCUACCAGCAUAUAAUAUUUUAGAAAAAAUGUAUUUAGACAGAAUAAUUAGACAGACAGAUUUACAAGAAUUUUCAGCUCUUCUAGAACCUCAUCAGAAAGCUUCCACAUCUGAUGGUUCAACAAUAUUAAACAGAGCUGUUACAGAACACAAUCUCCUGUCUGCCAGUAAAUUAUAUAAUAAUAUUUCAUUUGCUGAACUAGGUUCUUUACUUGAAAUACCACCUAGCAAGGCUGAAAAAAUAGCAUCACAGAUGAUAACAGAGGAAAGAAUGCAUGGAUGUAUAGAUCAGAUAGAUUCCAUUGUACACUUUGAAGAACGGGAUCCAUUGCCAUUUUGGGAUAAACAAAUACAAAGUCUGUGUUUUCAAGUAAAUCAAAUCAUAGAAAAAAUAGACCAAACUAAUCCUGAAUGGAUGAUAAAAAUGGUAGAUUCAGAAAUGGCUCAAGGAUGAGGAAUAAAUAAGUGAUAUCUAUGGUAAAGUUUGUGUUGUUCAUAAUGGGCAAAUACUCUGUAAAACAAUGAAAUCAUGAGAAGAUUGUUAAAAUGCUGUUGAAGAAUGUGGACAAGUGCUAAUAAAAUAUUGAAUUUUC